GGUCCAAGAGUGUGUUUGACUUAUUUCAUCAAGAUGAAGAAACUCGUUGUGUUUGCUGCUCUGCUUGUUGCUGUUCUCAGCAAGGGAGACUUCCAUGGGCAUCAGGUUUUCCGGAUUGUGCCGAAAGAUGAUGUCCAAUUGGCCCUUGUCAGAGUUUUGGAAGACAUAUUGGAUUUGGAGCUGGACUUCUGGAGACGGGUGACCCCUGUGGACAUCAGAGUUCCCUCUCACAGCCUGCAGGUUGUCAAGAGUUACCUGGAGAAUCACAGCAUCAAGUACUUCACCAUGAUUAAAGACCUACAGGCUUUGCUGGAUGAGGAGCAGAGCCAAAUGAAGUCCGCUGCUCUGGCUGGAAACACUGACAACUUUGACUACGCCAACUACCACACCCUCAGUGAGAUCUACAGUUUCCAGGACAUGCUAGUGGCUGAGAAUCCAAAGUUGGUCAGCAAGACAGUGAUCGGUCAGAGCUAUGAGGGUCGUCUGCUUAAUGUUCUCAAGUUCAGCACUGGUGGAAGCAACCGUCCUGCUAUCUGGAUCGACACUGGAAUCCAUGCCAGAGAAUGGGUCACUCAGGCCAGUGGAAUUGUGUUCGCCAAAAAGAUUGUGACAGAAUAUGGAACAGACUCUGCUCUCACUGAAAUCCUUAACAGAAUGGAUAUUUUCUUAGAGAUGGUGGUCAACCCUGAUGGAUACCACUUCACCCACACCAACGUGAGAUGGGCACAAAGCAGGAAGCAGAAUCGGGGCUCCAGGUGUGUCGGUGUGGACCUAAACCGGAACUGGAAUGCUGGGUUUGGAGGACACGGUUCUAGCAACAAUCCAUGCUCAGAGAUCUAUCGUGGAACCAGGGCUCAUUCUGAGGCUGAAGUCAAGUCCAUUGUAAACUUUGUGAGGUCACACGGCAAUAUCAAGGCCUUCAUCUCCAUCCAUUCCUACUCACAGAUGCUUUUGUUCCCCUACGGAUACACCAGGAAACCUGCCAAAGACCAAGCUGAGCUGGACCAAGUUGCUCAAAAGGCCGUCACUGCUCUGGCGUCCUUGUAUGGCACCAGCUACAGAUAUGGCAGCAUCAUCACCACUAUCUAUCAAUCUAGUGGAGGCUCCAUCGACUGGACCUACAACCAGGGAAUCAAGUACUCCUACACCUUUGAACUGAGGGACACCGGCCACUAUGGCUUCAUCCUUCCUGCCAAUCAAAUUGUUCCCACUGCCAAUGAGACGUGGCUCGCUCUGAAGGUCAUUAUGGAUCACACCUUCAAGAACCCUUACUAAAAGAACAGAGUGAAAGCCUUGAGGCCUUUGAUGUAGUUCUAUUUGUAAACAUAAAACAAAGAAA